UUUAUUGCUCUACACAUAUUGAGUUCUGUAUAAUUUUUGUUUAUGCAUAAUUUCCUUAAGAAGUGUUCUAAAACUAGGGAGAUGGUUUCUCAAGUGGACCAUGAUCUUGAAUCUUGAUGGAGAAUGGACUAUUGCUACAAAAAAACUUACCAAUAUGGCUUUAAUGGUAACACUAGGAAGUGUUAGCUCUCUUUUGGCUACUGGAAGGUAGCCAUAUUUUCAGAUGCUCUAAAACAUGCAUCAAUCAUUGAUGGUAUUCAUCUUACUAAGCGGCAACAGGAAGCUGGCUUUUCAAUCAUUGACAUUUUCUUAGUUGAAUGUGGACUGUUACUACACUUGUUUUCUUAAUUGUCUUCAUAGGUGACCAGUGGAAUUGUACUGUAAGGGAGAUUUUGAGCCAUGGUCCAUCCACUGGGCCAUAUGGUCUGGAUGACCAAAACAUGGGUUGCAUUUGUACGAAGCACCUGAGGAUGGUAUGGAAGUUCCUAGCUCAUAAAAUACAUCUUUGAAGGGGUAUAUUGUAUUUUUGUUACAUAAGCAACUAUGGUUUAUCUUAUUUUGUAGCUUGUUUAGUAUGGAUGGAGAUUUUACACCUGUAAUUGAACUUGUGGAGCUUCGGAAGAAGCAUGGAUUUUUAUUGGUCAUUGAUGAUUUUCUUCCGGCCCUUGGGACACUUAUUUGUGGCAAGCAUGGUGGUGGAGUGGCAAAGCAGUUUGAUUGUGAGAAUGAUGUGGAUAUAUGCAUCAGAACUUUGAGCGAGCUACAGGUUGCCACGAUGGUUUCAUUAGAUGCAGAUUUCAUGCAUGCUAACUGUUUGAUGAAAUGGCUCAAGGUCUUUUGCCUGGGAAAUGAAGAUGAGUGAACACAAGAGCAUCGAAUACGUGUGUUGAACAAAUGGUAGAGAUCAAGACUCUUAAAGCACUGGUAUGUUCAUGAUCUGGGACAAUCUUCAUUCUGUAUUUAGCUCCUGCUUAUCAUCUAAUUUCACUGUCAUCUAUCUUUACAUUUUCCUUGGAAUUAGAUGGAGCUACAGAUCUUUCAAGAAUACUUUUAGGGAUUACUAUCUCUAAAUGAGAAGGUAUUUAUAACUGUAGGAAA